CCGGGAAGAGGUCGGGAGUCGGGAGCCGCGGCCCCGGCAGAGCAGCGCUCGGGAGCCCCGAGAGAAGCAGGCGGGAGCGCGCGGCCGAGCCCAGGCGCGGGAUGACAGCCCUCGGCGUGCAGGCCCAGAAGCUGCUGGCCCAAAGGAGGCCCCGCCGGUCCUUCUUUGAACCCUCCAUCCGGGCCCUCAUCAUCUUGUGUGCCUCCCUGGCCGUGGUCCUCUCCUCCCUCUCCAUCUGUGAUGGCCACUGGCUCCUGGCCGACGACCGUCUGUUCGGGCUGUGGCACUUCUGCACCACCUCCAACCAGGCUGAGCUGCACUGCCUCCGAGACCUGAGGCAGGCCCACGUGCCCGGGCUAGCCUCGGGCAUGGCUGUGGCCCGCAGCGUGGCCACCUUGGCCGUGGUGGUCGCCAUCUUUGGCCUGGAGCUCCUCAUGGUGUCCCAGGUGUCCGAGGACGCCCACUCGUGGCACAAGUGGGCCGUGGGCUCCGCCCUCUUCCUCCUCGCCUCCAUCCUCUCCUUCGGGGGCCUCCUGAGCUUCCUGACCCUCCUUAGGAACGAGGUCACGCUCAUGGGCCUCAGCCUGACGUUCUGGAGCGAAUUCACGGCCUCCUUCCUCUUCUUCCUGAACGGCAUCAGCGGCCUCCACAUCAACAGUAUCAGCCGGACUGACAGCGUCACGUACCCCUGGGGCCUGCCUGCAAAAUUUUAGGCCCCCCCAGCGAGGGCGCUGAGUUCUACCAGAAAGUGUGGUCAAGAUGGGACUUCUCCAACAUGUGACAUUCGAACUGCCGCCUCUUGGCCGUGGGGUGGUCGGGCCAGUGGCCUUUGCAGCCUAGAGGCCAGGUGGGCGCCUCCGAGCCACCAGCUGCACCAGCUUAGCCACGUUAUUAGGAUGUUGACUUCACAAGAAGAAACAUAUUCUGAAACCCAUUCUUGAGUCCUUCCUGGGAUGGGAGUAGAUGUGGAAGCAGCUCAGGUAACCGGUGCUCAGGCUGGCCGCACAGCCAAGUACAUUUCACACCUGUUUUAGUGACUCUGCUGGGAUAUGGGCUGCAGGGCCCCCGGGGCCUCCGGGCUUGCUAAGAGUGAACCGUCUGUCAGCGAAGGGUGUCCAGUCAGUGCCGAGGACUUGCUUCACCAGCUCAAAGGGCCUCGUGCAGGUUCCCUGCUUUAGCUUCGGUCGCGUCAGGGAGGCAGCGUUCAGGGCUGCUGGGGUGCAGAAGCUUUUCAAACCGUUUGACUUUAUUUGAGCCCUGCCCUCUGUCGGGGGGACCCCGUGAUCCCUGGUAACCCCAGCUUCCAGCAGCUGGCCGUGCCUCGGGACUCUCCCUGUCAAUCCCGCCUGAAGCCCUUCCAGGAGGGCCCGCCUGGCUUGGUAAGCGUGGGCAAUCCACCUUUGGUAAGGGCCCGACAGCCUCAGGGUGCCAUUUUUAUCCU